AUGUCUCCUUUAAAUGAUGACGUGGAGAUGGAAGGGGAACAUGUUGAAGAUGUUGAGAGCGAAGAUGAGGACGAUGAAGAUGAAGUGGAAGUUCUUGAUUCUGAGAAGAAGGUAUAUUUUCUCGCAAUUUCUCAUUUUUGUGUUUAGGUGUAUAUUCCUGGAGUGAGCCGAGCAUUAAAGGAGGGAGAACAACUCGAGUUUGAUCCGAGUGCUUACAUUAUGUUCCAUUCUUUUAACACAGGUGGCGUUAAAUUUUACAGAAAAUAUCACCUGUUCGAGAAAAAAAAUUCUACAGAUUGGCCGUGUUUAUCGUUUGAUAUCGUGAGAGAUGGGCUUGGAGACAACCGAAGCUCUUACCCAGCCGAGUGCUAUCUCGUAUCGGGAACGCAAGCAGAACGAGCAAAAGACAAUGAGAUCAUUGUGAUGGGAUUGAAAAACAUGAGUUCCUUCAAACAAGUACCUCCACUUCUCACUAACGUUUUUGACUACGAAAUAUAGAAGAAUGAUGACUCGGAUAGCGACGAAAGCAGCGAUGAAGAAGAGGAAGAGAACGAAACGAAGCAGCCUGUAAUGCAUGCCGUUUCCAUAUCAACUAAUGGCGCAAUCAACAGAAUCAAGGUAUAGUGGAGUUAAAAAUUGUUCACAAAACUUAAUCUAAAUCUGUUUGACGAAAUAACUCCCUUUUGUAGUUCGGAGGGGUUGCGAACCAAUACGUACUUCUCUGGAAAAAAAAAACUUUGAAAAUGUGAAAUGAAGGAAACAAACUUCUCUAACCAGGGAAUGGUCUCAGCUCACAGUGGGACUUCUGAAUGAGACCACUUUUCCUAGAUUUAGUCCUUCAUGCUGAUUCCAAAUCCGUUCUCAAAAGCUGCCACCGAGGUCUGUGAAAAAAGUUAUGGACCCUCAAAAGUCAAAAAUAUCAUAGUCUCCGAUCGAGCUCAUUUUUGGAGGGUAUGUAGGUCUUGUCCCUCUGGUCACAAAAAACCAUUGAAUUUCUCUCGAAAAAAUUGUGAAGCCAAGAUAUGACCUUUCAAAGCGCCGCCGCACACAAGAGAAUGCGCGCGCGGUGUCCUAUUGCGAUCCGACGGCUGUCGAAGCAACGGCAGCGAGGAGCAGGAAAGACGGCGGACUGGGGAGCCCGAGGUCAUAGGUUCGGUCCCCACGCUGUGCAAACUUUUUUUGCAGUUUUUUCUUUUUUGGAUAUUUCCCUGUUAGUGCUCCUUUUUCGAGUGUUGAGGUGUAGAAACAUGAAAAUACUACGUUUUGAACCUAUUCGAACAGCUGGAUUUCUUUUUGUCGCAAAUUUUUUUCAUGGGAAUUUUUCGUGAUUUUCCAUGUAUAUGAGCAUAGAUUGGAGUGUCGAAAUUUUCAGAAAAAUUUUUUUGGUUUUUUUAUCUUUUCUUUUUCCAAAAAUUGUCUAACUCCAAGUCAUCAUAGCUACGCUCAUCGAACAAUGAAAAAAACAUUUUUUUACUUUAAUUACUUCUUCGUGCUUUGCAGUGGGCUCACCUAUUACCGUCUCCUAUUGCCGUCUGACUAUGAACUUUCAGAAAUUACAUUGAACGAAAAAUUAUUGUGGGGAGUUUGUUCUAACUGUUUUAUUUAUGAAUCAAAGGAACCUCUUCGGUAAUUCCAGCCACAACCUGAAAUAAAAUUAAAAGAUUUUUUCUUCUCGUAGAGUGGUAAGUAAAAAUUGAAGCCUGAAAAAGUCCGAAGAAAUAUAUCUGCGUUUUCUACCAGCGCAGUAAUGAUAACUUGAGCCUAGCCAGCUUUCAAGAAAGAAAAAACUAAAAAAUUUUUUCUGAAAAUUUUGACACUCCAACCUAUGCUCAUACACAUGGAAAAUCACGCAAAAAUCGAUGAAAAAAAUUUGCGACAAAAAGAAGUCCAGCUGUUUCAAUAGGAUCAAAACGCAGUAUUUUCAUGUUUCUACGCUUCGAAACUCCAAAAAGGAGCACUUACACGAAAAUAUCCAAAAAAGAAAAAACUGCAAAAAAAGUUUGCACAGCGUGGGCACCGAACCUAUGACCUCGUUCUCCCCAGUCCGCCGCCUUUCCACUGCUCCUCGCUGCCGUUGCUUCGACAGCCGUCGGAUAGCAAUAGGACACCGCGCGCGCAUUCUCUUGUGUGCGGCGGGGCUUUGAAAGCUCAUAUCUUGGCUGCGAAAUUUUUUUGAGAAGAGUUCAAUGGUUUUUCGUGAUCAGAGGGACAAGAUCUACAUACCCUCCAAAAAUGAACUCAAUCGGAGACUAUCAAAUUUUCGACUUUUGAGGGUCCAUAACAUUUUUCACAGACCUCGGUGGCAGCUUUUGAGAACGGAUUUGGAAUCAGCAUGAAAAACUAAAUCUAGGAAAAGUGGUCUCAUUCAGAAGUCCCACUGUGAGCUGAGACCAUUCCCUGGUAAGUUAGAAUCGACGGCUCCUUGAAGUUUUUUUGCCCUUCUCCUGCGAAAUUUUCUAAAAUUGGAGGUUUCAAACCGUUUCUCAGUAUUCUAGGUUAUUUUUUGUUGUGAAGUGAAAAAAGAAUUUUUUUCCAGGCAGAUAGACUGGGAGAUAGCACCGUUUGUGCCGUGUGGAACGAUCAGGGUCGAGUGCAACUCUGGAACAUAACGUCUGCAUUGAAUAGCGCGAAUCAAAUGACAGGAAAGUCGCAGACGAGUGAACUGAAGCAGGUUCGAGUCGAAUGAUGAGCACUUUCUGGGCAUAAGAGUCGCUUUCAGAUGAAGGAAAAAUAUUGUAUGAAAAAGUUAGAAGAGAGGAGUACGCCUCAUGGAUAAUCUAGAAGCCAAAAUCCAUGCGUGUUUAAAGUAAUUUCGGCGAUUUCCAAAUUGACGCGUUAUUCGUUUAAAAUGAUUUCGGGAGAUAAGCAGAAUGGAUUUUUGGAAGGCGCAGAACAAAUGAACCCCACAACGACAUAGAGCUAGAUAUGCAUUUUUACUUUAAUUUCGAACUUUUCGAACGCGUUUCGAACUUUUCGAACUUUUAAUUUCGAACGCGAACUCAAAAUUUUGCAAUAAUUUGGACAUAUUCUACGAAAAUUUCAAAUUCGCGCGUAAAACUCACCAUAAAAAUGGAUAUAGCCUAUUCCGCGCCAGCUUGUCACGUUUUUCUUCCCGCCAAAAAGACCGUAUACCAAAUUAGAUCAAAUUUCUGCUUUUAUAACGGCAAGAAACAAAAGUCUUGAAGCGAAAGUUGGUUAAAUUUGACCUGGCCUUUUGGCGGAAAGAAAAACGUGACAAGCUAGCGCGGAAUGGCCUAUAUCUAACGAUAAAUCGUUGUGAGACUCAUUUUUUCUGCGCCUCCCGUAAUACCAGUUCUGUCUAUUCGCCGAAAUAAUUUUAAACGAAUAACGCGUCAAUUUGGAAAUUGCCGAAAAUUACUUUGAACGCGGAACCAGAAAUAGGGUAAAAAUGUAGAAUCAUCUGAGUCGGAAGGUUAGCGGGGUUUCAAGCUACUUCAUAUAUACUUUUUUUGACUAACUCCUUGGGGCUAAAUUUUCCAAGAUAUUCUGUAUUAUAACUCUUCUCUUCAUCGGUUUUUGUUGUAGGAAAAGCCGCUGUUCACUUUCGCCGGCUCCAGGAAAGAAGGUUUCGCGUUGGCGUGGUCCCCAACAAAAAAGGUUUGCGCGCCUCUGCUGAUAAUCGCAAUCCUUGACAGGGAGACCUUGCCUCGGGGGACAUUGUCCGGAACAUCUACAUGUGGCAAAUGCAGGAAGGAGGACAGUGGGUUGUCGCGGGGAAGCCACUUCUCGGCCAUAAAAGUAGGAAACGGAGAGAUUCAUAUUAAAUUGUUCGUAUUCCAGAGAGCGUUGAAGACCUCUGUUGGUCUCCGACCGAGGUGAAUCUGAUGUCGUCCUGCUCUGCUGAUGGCACCAUCAAACUUUGGGAUACACGAGCAGCGCCCGCCGAAGCUUGCGUUGCUACCGUAGAAAAUGUUUUUUUUUUAAACAAACGAUUCCUGUUAUCACUGCUGUUGUUUUUAAAAAAACAAACCACAUUAGUGAGAAAAAAGUAUAUAUUUGCAUUUUUUUUUUCCUUUUUAUUAAAUAUGAUUUCUUUAUGAAUUUUCAAAGACGCAAGAGUUUUUAGGCGCAUGAUGCAGAUGUCAACGUUCUUUCCUGGAACCAGCAUGAUUCUUUGUUGGUUUCCGGAGGUGAUGACGCCGAACUCAAAAUUUGGUCCUUGAAGACCAUUCAGGUUUCUAUAUAAACUUUCGGGGGCAAAUGACGAAACAAAAAUAAAGUCAAAAUGUCUUUCUGGUAAGUUUUUGUUCAAAAAUAAAGAACCUGGGAAAGAUCCGCAAUAUACCAUUUCAUUUCAGUUUUAAAUAACUCGGGCAAAGUCGGAAUGGUGAAUAAUGGCCGCUUUAAGAUAGAGGCUCAAAAAAGGUCGCAGAAAGGCAGCAAAGAGAGUCCCUUUAUCGAGCCUUCCAUUUUUUCUGGGAUUUUAAAGGCCCGAGAAAUGGUGGAGAAAGGGAGAGGCAGCAAAAAUGGUGUAAAAAGGCUGAGAAAAUGGCGCAAAACGGGAGCCUUCAUCACCGUAAAAGGAACAUUUCUAUGGAGCCUUCCAGCAGCCCUUAUGGACCCUCGGAGGGUCCUUCCGACUUUGCCUAAAAAAAUUUUCUUUACAUAAUUACAAUUGUAUCCUCUUUUGUUGGUAAUUUCUGUAAAUUUUUUUUACAAACCUACUGUUUCGUCUUUUACCUCGUAGGUUUCACUUAGAAAAUUGAUUGAUGAAAACUUACAGUAUGGUCAAUCAGUCGCCCGAUUCAAGUAUCACAGAGGCCCAAUAACAUCUGUCGAGUGGCAUCCACAGGUUUUCCAUUACUCUUUCGUAGCGUUCUUUGAUUAAUAAUCCACUUUUUGGUUCAUUUGUGAUGAUUUGUCCGCCGUGUUACAAGAAAAAUGCACUUCAGGCAGACAGAAAAAGUUGAAUUACGUUUUACUUAGGAAACUACGACAUUCAUGGCUUCCGGGGAAGACGACCAAACGUCGGUAUGGGACAUCGCGACCGAGCCAGAUGGUGAUGCGGCUGUCGAAGGAAUUCCUCCGCAGCUCAUGUUUUUGCACCUUGGUCAACACGAAGUCAAAGAAGUUCACUGGCAUCCGCAAUUUCCUGGUCUUGCGGUCAACACUUCUGUUGACGGCUUCAACAUCUUCAAAACUAUCAACAUCUGA